UUGACGUGUACCUACGAAGCUACGGUCUACGAAAAUCGAAUGAAUAAUUUAUUAUUUAGGUAGGGAAAGCCGAAAACAGGAAUUCAUUAUUAAGACUACCAGUAAAUUAAAUAUAUUCUUUGCUCACAAUAUUCGAAGAGAUAUCGCGUUAUGAGUCGAUAAUGAGAAAAAACUAAUCAUUAGUGUUAUAGUGUGCAUUUCAAAUAAAGGAAAAUUUAAAAAUAUAAAGAUGGUUUUAAUGACAAUGAUUGCAAGGGUCGUCGACGGCCUACCCUUAGCAGCAACAAUGCAGGAAGAUGAGAGUGGCUGUAAUAUUCUGGAAUAUCAAAAUCAGGCCAAAAUGCUGUUUAGAAAGCUAAGUCCUCAGUCGCCUGUUCGCUGCUCUAUUGAAACAGGGCCUUAUUUAUUUCAUUACCUAAUAGAGAAUGAAAUCUGUUACCUGGUCUUGUGUGAAAGGAAUUACAGUAAGAGGCUUGCAUUCAGUUAUUUAGAAGAGAUUGCACAAGAAUUUCAUCAACAGUAUGGAACGAGGGUGAAUACAGUUACUCGACCAUAUACAUUCAUAGAAUUUGAUACCUGGAUGCAGAGGACACGCAAGCAGUAUGCAGAGGGUGGAGCCCGAGCCAGGCGAGCCGGAGCUGCCUCUCAGUUGGGGGGACAGCUGGGAGAUGUCCAGCGCAUCAUGAUGCAGAAUAUUGACGAUGUUCUGCAAAGAGGAGCUAUACUUUCUGAACUUGACACGAAAACACAAAAUCUCUCAAUGAUGUCUCAGAAGUACAAGAAGGAUGCAACUUACCUCAACACCAAGUCCAUGAUCGUCAAAGUGGCGGCUGGUGCUGUUGUAUUGCUGGUUUUUGUUUUAUAUUUUUGGGUGCUUUAGGUGAAAGUGGAAGUUAUAAUGUAAUGAAUUAACUGCUAUGACAAAUUAAUUCACUAUGAACCUUUAUGUUCCGGGAAACUAAUCACGCGCGAUAUGCUUUAGAUCAGCGUGAUUUUAGCGCGUUCUGUCACUGCGUAUUAUUAAAUUGCUUAUAAUUAGGAUAAUUUGAGUGAAUGUAUCUGAAAGCUAUUGAAACAAGCUUUAAGACCAUGCAAAAUAAACCAUCUUAUAUAUAAAAUAAGUGUCAGAACUUGGUGAGGGAAUAGUGUGCCAUACGGCACUCUCGGUUUUGGUGUAUCUGAAAAUUUUGUGCCCUGGGGCAAUGGCGAUUUAGGAAGGUUAAACCUUAGUUAAUAAAAUAUAAUCUAUAGACUACCUUAGGAUUUGUAUACAAUAAAAUGUACCAUGCAGCACAAUUGUGUUAUUGUAAUGAUAAAGUAUUGAGAUAACUAUAAUAACUGAGGUAUAUAAAAUAUGUUUUAGGGACACAAUAUUAAUUAUAUUCUUUAAACAAAUAUGUGGGUAGUGUGUAAAUUGUGGUUUGUAUUACAUAAUACACCCAAAAUAAAUUGUUUAGCCUUUAACCCAUGUAUAGAUUAAUUUGUAAUUAAAAUUAUUAUGAAUUAAAUCCAGCUCCCACUGGAUAUAUUUCCCAUAAAUAUGCCACAAAUGCAGAAACUGUGAAAAUGGAAUAGUAAUUUAUAUGGAAUUAUAGAGGAUAUGUUCAUAGUUGACAUAAUAAAUAUAUAAAACAAUAAAAAAACGAUUUUUUUGAAGUUUUUGACCAUAUUGUUUAGUUAUUAUCAUCAAGCUAAUGGUUUAAAGAAUUUGUAUGUAUAGCGCCUUCAAUAGGUUGUACUAAGAUCUUUACUUUUUUAUUGGUCUGGUUACUAUCUACUGAUUAGAUUCGAGAAUAAAAAUCUUUGGCCACAUAUAUAGGAAUUGUCGCAUUUUUUAAUUUGCGAAUGAGGGUAGCGCGAGUAAGGAGCUUUUACUGUAUUACUAAUAGUUUAAUAUAUUAUCUCAUCCAGAUACAUUAAAAUUCUUCAAAAUAUAAUAUUACCUAUGUUUAGGCUGAAUUUCACAUACUAUAUAUAUUUAAAAAUUUAUAGUACAUUCCAUUGCGCUUAUCUUGUAGGUUGUUAGUGAAUUACGUUGACUAAGUGCAGUUUAAAUAUUAUGCAAUAAGAGUAUAUCGAUUCAAUAAUUGGUAACUGUAAUAUAUUUAUGCAAAUAUUUUUAUAAUAAGUAUGAAUGGUUCUGGAUUGUUGUUAAUCUUUAAAUUUAUUGUUAUUAAUACUAUUUAUUUAAGAUUGUAAUAAAAGCUUUCUUUUAAAA